UUUCGCAAGUUGGUGUGGGAAAAGCGCAAUUACGAAAAUGCCCCCCCUUAUAAGCACAGCAAAAUUUCAUUUCCUCCCACGGCAAGUUGCGUUCAUUUCCACGAAAAUUCCAAAAGCAUUCCACCUCCCACGGCAAUUCCACGGCGAUCUCAUUUCCGUCGAUUUUGAAGCUUCCCGGCAACCGCAAAUGGCAAAGAAGGAUAUUUCUCGCAAAAGAAGACGAGUUGACAGCGAGCUACGCAUUCCCGACGAGUCCAGACACUUCCGGGCAGAUGCGAUAUCUCGUGCACAGCGUACUGCAUUAUCUCGGAUUUCUUCUACAUUGACCCCGCGAAAUCCGUAA